AGGUCAAUGAGUGUAACAUGUGGAUUUUUGGACUUCAUCUGAUAGCAGCGUUUUUCAGUUGUAUUUUACGGAUUGAGCAAGCGGAGGCCUUUGACAUAAAACAAUGCAACGAUCCAUUGGGUAUGGAAUCUGGAACAAUUUUGGAUGAUUUUAUUACAGCAAGUUCGUCAUAUGUGUCCAAUGUGGGGCCCAAGAGUGGCAGGCUCAGAGUGGAAAAAGCAGGAGGCGGUUGGUGUCCAAAGCAGCAAAUCGAAAAAGGAGUACGUGAAUUUAUAGAAAUAGACCUAAUUGAAGUCCACGUAGUCACGGGAGUACAAACACAAGGUCGCUAUGAUAGAGGAAGAGGUCAAGAGUACGUGGAGGAAUAUUUAUUGGAAUAUUGGAGGCCCGGGUUAGAAGAGUGGAAAGAAUAUAAAAGAUGGGAUGGAAAACAUAUUCUACGAGGCAACAGCGAUACAGCUUCUGUGGAAAGCCAUAAAUUGAUGCCCACAAUAUUCGCUAGUAAAAUUCGUCUGUUGCCCUAUAGCAUUCAUAGGAGAACUGUUUGUCUAAGAAUGGAACUCCUGGGAUGUCCAUACAAAGGAGGCAUCAUAUCCUAUAGUUCUCCAGUAAGCGACAAUAACCAAGGUCUCUAUGAUAGUAGUUAUGAUGGACAUAGAUCACAAGGCAUGUUGUUUAACGGACUAGGAAGAUUGGUGGAUGGAGAAGUUGGUUUGGAUAAUUUUAGAUUAGACAUUGGCUAUGGAAAAGGAAAUGGUUGGGUGUCUUGGAAGAACGAUUCGUUCAAUAACGGAUAUAUGGAAUUAAUUUUCGAGUUUGAUCAACUAAGAAAUUUUUCGGCGCUGUAUCUAUAUACCAACAAUUUUUUUUCUCGAAAUGUGCAGGUUUUUGCAAAAGCUAAGCUUCUCUUCAGCGUAGGUGGAAAAUUCUACAAUGGUCCUACGUUGUCGUUCACCUACAUGCCUGAUAAAGUCCUGGAAAACGCCAGAAAUGUGUCGAUAAAUUUACAUCAUCGGAUGGCUCGGUUCAUUAAAGUCAGACUAUAUUUCGCUGGUCAAUAUAUUAUGUUGAGUGAAGUCUUUUUUGAUUCAGUGCCGAUUUCAUUGAACGUUACGGAGGAAGACACUUUGGAUUUGCAGGAAAACGAGGUUAUCAUCACGUCGAACGGCGAUAAAAUGCUCCAGGCCUUCGAAACAAUUGCAGCAAAAAAAAACAGUGACGCCUACGUAGAAAUCAUCAUAGGAGUACUAACAGCCAUCAUGCUCUUACUACUUAUUGUUUUCUUAAUCAUCUUGAUCAUAAACAAAAGACACAAACUUCAAGGAUCGCCUACACUAUUUAGAAAUCCAUUUGGAGUUAAAAUGAAUAUGAAAGAUCUUUUAAUGAACUUUUCAUCAAGCAACGCUCAAAGCGCACCGAAUCAAAGCGUCCCAAUAACUCCAGUCAGUCAUUUGGAGUGCCUGGAACCAGUUACCCCUAUGACAUAUGAAGAAUAUCGUCUAUCAUUGGCUGGAAACUAUUACACAUCUAAUUAUGCUACGUUAAGAUGUUCAAGUACAAUUGAGCCUGCACCAGCUAUUUCGCCUUGUGAUAUUGAUGAAGAAGAAAUACCUCCAGAUGUUCCACCUUUCCCAGAUUCGCCAGAACCAGAAUCACCGCUCAAUAAUCAGGCGUCUACGCCAAUGAAUUAUCGAAGUUUGCAAGCAACUCCAACAUUAAGUCCAAAAUCGAAAAUAAUGAGUAUAGGCAAUAAAUAUUUUUCUAGGGAUUCGAAUGAAAGAGGCAAAAAAUAUUAUAGUACAGCACCUAGAGAGAAACACAGGGUUUCUCCUCCGCUGGUAUGUUGGAAUAUAGUACCAAGCAUGGGCCAACCAUACUCUUGCAAAGAAGUAGAACUAGUUCCGAUUCCAAGAUACGCUCUCCGACCAGUAGAAAAGUUGGGAUCUUGCUCUGCAGGAGAGCUUUCCCUUUACGAAACAGAAAACUUGGAAGAUGUAUUGCCAGAUGUUUCCAGAUUAGUGGCAGUUAGAACUUCGAAUCCAGAAAAAUGUAAAGGUGAACCAUUAGCGAGCCUGAGAGAAAUUAGGUUUUUGGCAGGGUUGAAUGAUGCUAAUAUUUGUAAAGUUUUAGGGGUGUGUACAUCAGAACAACCCCCUUGGACCAUAAUCGAAUAUGGAGAAAUGGGCGACUUAGCUCAAUAUUUACAAUUUCUAGUGAAUAGGAAUGGUAGCAUAAGAUCUUCAGAAGAUCAACCUAUAAGUUCUGGAAGCCUCAUAUACAUCGCAACACAAAUAGCAUCUGGAAUGAAAUAUCUAGAAUCCAAGCAUGUAGUUCACAAAGACUUAGCUGCAAGAAAUUGCUUGGUAGGAAGAGGAUACAUAAUAAAAAUCACAGACAUUGCCAUGUCAAAGCCGCAAUAUAGGAAAGAAUAUGCAGAGAUUGGUGGACGACCUCCUGCGCCUAUCAGGUGGCUACCUUGGGAAAGCAUACUUUUGGAUCGUUAUUCCUGCUACAGCACAGUUUGGGCAUUUGCAGUUACUUUAUGGGAAAUUUUAAAUUAUUGCUGUGAAAGACCUUUUGCCAACUUAUCCAAUGAAAAAGUAAUUCAAAACGCUGAACAUAUGUAUUAUGGCGGGGAACUACAAGUUUUACUUAGUAAACCUCCUAACUGUUCAACGGAUGUAUACGACCUUAUGUGCAGUUGUUGGUACCGAGACGACACAGAUAGACCGACUUUUAAAUCUAUACAUUCCUUUCUCAAGAGAAUUAAUCAAGAUUAUAUUCCUAGUGAAUAGAAAAUUAUAAUUGUGUUGGCAGUACUGAAUUUAAUAACAAGUUUUGUACCUAUAUAUUGUUCAUUGUAAAAAAAAAUAUUUUAUAGGAAUAGAUAAGGUAUAAGAGCUCACAAAAUAGAUGUGAUAAACAAUUUGAAAUUAUUUUUAUGUUUCCUAUUAACUCAUCAUUUGUGACAUUUGUAUAAAACUGUAUAAAAAAUAUCAAUAAUUAUGAAGAAAUUUUACUAUAAAAAUAUUUCAACAGAGAAAAACAAUAGUUAUAAGUUUAGAAUAAUUGCGGACAACCUUUAUCUCUAAAUAAUUAUCAUUACAUAUUUUUAUCCUAUCUUUCAUACAUAUCUUCACAGUUUUCUUUGAGUUAGAAUAAAACUGUGACAUCCUAUACAUCAUAGUGCUUCCAUCAUACUUCACAUCUUAAUAUUUGUUAUUAUAAAACAUAUUUUCUACUCGACAAUCACCAUAUUAUUAUUAUCAUAGGUAGGUUUAAAAAUAGUUUUUAUUUAAUAAUAAUUAUUAUUAUGAAUAGGUACUUUUAGGAAAUGAAAAUUAGCCUAUUUGAUAUUAUAACAGUUAUGUUUGCAGCUGACUACACUCUAAUUAUAAUAUACUAUUUUAUUAUUAAUAUAUAAAUAUAGGGUCAUAGGGUGUGUAUCAGGUUUCAAUUUUGAUCACAUAAAUAUAGUUUACUUCCAGUUUGUGGAUAUAAUUGAGAAAAAAAUUGUAAUAAAGUUUUUUAAAACAAUAUAGAGGAAAUAAUAAAGAACUUUGAAGGUAAAAAUUUAAAACCCUGGAAUAGACAAAAAUUGAGAGAAAAAUAGUGAAUAUGUGAAUCAAUUACUAUUUGUGUAAAGCUCAUGAGCUCCUUCAUUGAAUACAUUUUGGAACUUGAAAUAUUUAAAGUUAAACAUGCCUUAGAUUAGGAUUCAUAUAGAUAUAGGUAGGUAAGACUAAACUUUUUGUGCUAUAAAAGCAGAACUGAAAUAAUGUAAAUAAUUAUGUACCUACACAGUGAAAUAAUUAUUAUUAGAACUCUAACUAUAAAUAAUAAUGAUUGAAUCGAAAAUGUAUAAAAUUUAGAAUGUUUGCAUAGGUACCUUCACGUAAACAUUUUCAGAAUAAUAGUUUUUCACCUCAAAUAAUUUUACUACUUUAUGUAUGUAGGUAUAGGAUAAGUUGGUACUAAUAUUUUAGACAUUGAUUCUAUUUCAAAUACAUAAUUUAUCAUUCUCAAAUCGUCUUGUAAAUAUAUUCUGCUCAUUUGUAAAGAUUUUUAUAAAAUUAAAAGGACCAACAAACACAAAAAUACUUAUUAUUAAAGUUAAAUAUUUUAAUGUGUAUAUAUUCUAUUCACCAGUGGCAAAUAAUAUAUUUGCUAAAACAAUCCUGUUCUAGUAAAAUGUUGUAAAAUUAAUUAAUUUUUCUUCUAUUUUUAUGUAAUAAUUAAUUGUAAAUCCAUUAAUAUUCAUAGUACCUAUUAAAUUACCUAUCUAAUUAGUUUUUUACUUAAUAAAGUACCUAAUUCUGCAAAAAAAAAAGUAUUGUUAUAUCCUCAUUUGUCAAAGGAUAGACGCUUGAACUUUAAAAAUGUAUUACAG